AUGGAGGCCUUAAUCAGGGGAGAAUUCCAGAAUCCACACAAUGAAGGCCUUAAUCAGGAGAGAAUUCAUGUUACCAACGAACUCAAAGCUCGAACAAAGGAGAAACAGUGGACAGUGGAAACAAAGGGGAAACAGUGGACAGUGGCACUCUCCGAUUGCAACGAACUUAAAGUUCGAACAAAGGAAAAACAGUGGAGAGUGGCACUCUACCACAUAGAGGAGAAAUAG